UGUGGGAGCUGUUAUGUAAGGUGUUAGUAUAGGGUGUAUUGAAUUGUAAGAUAUCGUAUGUCAGUUGUGUAACAAAUGAAAUUUCGUUAUUUUAGGUGAAUUUCAUGUUUGGACAAACUGAAAAUUUAGGAGAAGUGUUACUGUUAGUGUCAAAAAAUGGGAUAUUCAUUACUUGUCUUAUGGUACUUUGGGCCAGUUGUCUCGUGCAUAUCUGUCGGACUGUUUUAUUCUCUUAACAAGUUGAUAGUCACACCCUCAGUAGUUAGGAGGUCACCGUUACUUCAAUGGAGGUGGAGGAACAUUACUGUUUCGUUAAUACAUUCCGCUAUAACAGGACUUGCUUCCAUAUUGUGUUUCUAUGAAGUUCCAAAAAUGGCUGAAGACAUGAUUGAAAUCCACACCAAUAAAUCCCACCUUCUGGUUGCUUUAUCGACAGGGUACUUUAUUUAUGAUUUCAUCGACAUGAGCCUAAACCACCGCUGUCGUAACUCGUAUGAACUCAUGGCUCAUCAUGCCUUUGUCAUCCUUUGUUUCGGGAUCACCGUAUGUACAAAACUGUAUGUGGGCUAUGCUUUAGCUGCUCUACUUGUGGAAGUAAACAACGUAUUUCUUCACGUGAGACAAUUGAUGGGUAUAGUAAAUAUCAGCAAGAGUAACCCUUGGUAUAGGCUGAACAGUCUUGUAAAUCUAGCUACCUUUAUUCUGUUCAGAGUGGUGACACUUGCCUGGAUGACUCGUUGGCUUGUUGUACACAGAGAACUCGUGCCUCUGUAUGCUUAUACGUGUGGGAGUAUCGGCCUUGCUGCUAUUGUACUGAUGAGUAUUGUUCUCUUCUUUAGACUUUUAAAUAGUGAUUUUGGGCCCAAGCGUAACAAAGAACGAGAAGCUCACUCUAGACCAAAUGAAGCACUUUCCCUAGAGUUUGCCAAAAAGAAAGAUUAAAUUUAUGGUCUAAUCCAUAGUUCUACUAAGUGCACUUCCAUUACUAUUAAUAUCUCAGGUGUCAGCGUAUUGUACUGAUUUAAAUGUUUUCACAUGCAUGAAAAAAAUUUUUUUUAAUGUGUGUGCAUAUAUAUAUGUGUGUGUGUGUGUGUGCACAAUAAAUAAUUAUUUUCUAUAAAAUUUGUAAAUAUUUUUACAAAAUGACUGACGGUAAAUUCUGAUCAAUUUGAAUUCCUAAUGCUUGAUGUAUUAUUUUGUUGUCAGAAUAUGCACAAGAGAUAUUACUUAUACAUGUUUUUAUAAAACAUCUAUGUUGGUAAUCUUAGCUAAGUUUAUAAUCCACUGAGCCUGAAAGCAGUAGGAUCUUUCACUUAUUUGAUUACUCGUAUGAUGUUAUGAUGUUCGUGUGACAUUCUUUACUCGAGGUAAAUGUAUGUUUUAAUUUUGGAAAACAGUCUAAAGGCUUUCUAGUUUUUGUGUUGUACUUUAGAUGUAACUAACCCAUGCAUCAGAAAAACACAGUUCUGUAUUAACUAAUAACCUUCAUAGAUGAUGCUCCUGUAUAUCACCUGCAAGGUAAGACAAAUUGAAAAGGCUUUGUAGGUUGGAUGGAACGUAGUUUGUCAUAUGUGCAUGCUGUUGUGCCUUUAAUACCCAUUUAAAUGUAUCUUGGAACAGUUAAAUAUUUUGUUUGUACGACAAACAAGUGAAGGAAAAGAUUGAUGUUUAGAAGUAUGUUGUUUUCAGUAAUUUCAUACAAAUUAGUGAGGUAUAGGCUGUGGGCUGAAGAUGAGUUUGUAGUAGUUCAAUGUAAGUCGACAGUAGGGGGCCAGCACUUUACUAGAGUUUAAGAAGGGUUUCGGUGAGUCUAAGCUUUGGCCUUUGUGUUUUUUCUUGUAAGGGUGGGUAUGCAAGGACAACCUUGAAGGACCAAAUGGUCUUUUGUUGUUCGUAUGUUAUGUUAAACACAAUAAUCCCAUACUGUAUUUAGAUAGAUUUUUUUUUAAUGAAAGUAAUGUAGAUCCAUUGUAACAAAAUUUAAGGUAAUUUUAUUAAUCCAGAAAUACUGACUCUUCAGUCUAUUUUGAUAUAUAAUUUUUAUUUAAUGAGAAAUCUUCAUAUGAUAAAUUUUAAUUCAAUAAUAUAAAGUUUGAAAAGUAUUUUUACAGAUAAGAGAUGCUAUAAAUUUUGAUAAAUGACGAAGCCAAAAUAUGUGUACUUAUCUAUUUAAGAGUUUCAUAUAGAAAGGUGAUUAACUCAGGAAUUUACUACAUUUUUUCAAAGUAAUCUUGACCUUGACUUUCUUUCAUCUUUAGAAAUGUUCUAGUAAAACAUACCUUACUGUAACUAAAUAUACAACCUUCUUCCAUCUUUUAAAAGUUAUCCAGUACAACUCAAUUACAUUUCUACAGUGCAUAGCAGUCACGUGUAAUGAGUUUCAAAUGAUUUGUGGAUGUGAAAAAUGUUAUAUAUAAACCAAGAAAUGACCGUAAAUGCUAAUCUCUGGGAGAAAAGUUUUUAUAAUGUGUCUUUAAUACUUUUGUAUAACCUGUAGAACAUGUGUAUGAAUGUUUUUACUGUUAUUUAGUUACUGAUUUGAAGUGUUUGUGAUUUAAACCUUAAUUUGCUGGUGAUGCUGAAUGUUCUUUUGAUAAUAAUGAUGAUUUUAAAUACUUUCAUAGAGAAGAAACUUGGUUAAAUCUGUUUUCUUCAAGAAAGCUGUGUUUAAAUCUAAAACAUAAUAACUUCAAGAAGUGUACUUUUUUUCACAAAUGCAAACCCCAUACAUGAGGAAUGAAAACAUAACUUUUUUUUACUUUAAAUAAUCACAUGUAUUGUAACAUGAUUUAACAUCAAUUAGCCAGCCGUGGCAAAGUUUUAAGUGCUGCACGCCAGGAGUAAUUGCAGUAUAAUGUAGGAAGUUUAAUUCAAGCUUCAAACAGUCCAUUAAAAAUCUUGUGUUAUAACUAGUUAUUAAGUUAUGAGAGAUAUAAAAAUAUAUAUACAUAUUCAUGUCACAUGAUUUUUAUUGUUUCCAAACUUCACCAGAUAAUAUUUACCAAUAUUAUUUAAAGGUUCUACAUAUAAAAAAAAAAGAAAAAAAAGAACAGUUUUGACUACAUGUCAGUGAAUUCUGACAUGUCGGAGUUAAACUAUACCAUAGUGAAAUCAUAAGCAGUGGAAGGUAGUAAUACAUUUAUGUGGAGCAAAAUUUUAAAUGGUCAGUAUAAUAUUUUGAACAGUUUUUACCAAAGUAUACGUUCAAAUAUACGGUGGCAUCAGCAAGUUUUAUGUCAGUCUUGCAAGUGCCAACUGCAUAUUUGAAAGUGGUUUAUAUUUUCGUUAAAGUAGAACAGUUUGCUAUUGUGUUUCCAAAAUUUCGUUGUUUUCGUUCCAACUUAAUAACAAUACAGCUGUGUCUGUGGCCCUGUGUUGGAUAAAAGAUGUAUUACAUGAAAGUGUAUUGAUGUUGGCAUGUAUUACAUGAAAGUGUAUUGAAGUUUUCAAAUGUAUACAGACAAAGCUGUUAUAAAAAAAAAAAAAAAAAAAACCCUUCAUUACAAGCAUAAACUACUAUUACAGUACUUUAUUGUAUAUAAGUAUGGUGGCUUUUUACGUGUUUCUUUCUCGAAGUAACUAAGUACUAAACAUAACUAUUAUCUUAAACAUUAUUAUAUUAUCACUUAGUUUUAUAUAUAUUUUUGUGGGACUAUAAAUACACCUUAUGCUCCAAAGUCUCUGGUAACACAUUUAUCAUAUUGUGAUACAGUAUUACUAGAAAAACUACAAUA